AUGGAAACCAAGCCGCGUGUGAGCGGCCCGGCCCCCGCCUGCUCGCCAGCUCGGGCUGUGGUCAUGCUUCUCAUGAAGCCCCUCCUCCUCUGCUGUGUGCGUGUCCUCCCCGGGCGUGUUCGCUGCUGCGCUUCAUCGACCCGAGUGGGGGUGUCCACGUCAGGCCCCAGAGCGGCCAAGGGGAGCGAGCCACCGGGGGCCAUCUCCACGGACCGCGUCCUGCUGGCCCCUUCUGCCCCGCGCCCCUGGCACCACCCCGGGGAAUGCGACGGGGCAGGAACAAUCGCCCAGCUUGUAGUCUCAGGCAGACACAAGCCCGCUUUCACAAGCCCACAGCCCCGGGUCUGUGCCGCCUGGCGCCAGAGGGAGCAGGCCCAGUGCCCAGCUGGGGAAGAUGCUGCUCCGGCCACGCCCCCAGUGGGUGGCCCGCAGAGGCUUCCUGCAGCCGCCAGCCUGGGUGCCCGCGCCCAGCCGGGCAGUCCACACCCCUCCACACCCCAGUCCAGGGAGACCCUGGGCCUCAGGAGCACGCCCCAAGGCUGGGGAGGAACCUGCCCUCGUGGUGGCGGAGCUCCAGUCCAGCCCCAGCGGAGCCUCGUAUGA